CCCCUGAUUCUAGGGUUUCUCACGCGGGACCUGGGGGUUGCUGCGGCGAGGCAUAGCGUACCGACGGCGGAGCAGGAUACGCGGCGGCCUGAAGCGGAAGCGGCGGCGGUGCAUCUUCUGGGAUCAGAAAGAAAAAGUUUUGUCGUAAUGGGGCUAUUCAAGGGAAGCUUCACAUUUAUUCUGGGAAUGGGAUGUGGUGUCUAUGUAGCUCAGAACUACAGUGUUCCAGAUGUCAAGAAGUUGUACAAUACGUACUCUUUCGUGGCACAGUACCUUGAAAAAACUUACCGUAAGCCAGAGAAAGAGGAAGAUUGAUUGUCAUUCCAUAGGUUCUUGCCACACUCCCCCCAGGGAAUGCAUUAGUAUAGUUCUUGCAUGACUCAAGAGUAUGUGCUGUGUAAAGGUCGUUUUCUUCUUUCAUGGUUGAACUAUGAGGGCUUAUCUUGACCAGUUAGGGAAUUCUAUUGUUGGAACAAUUUUGGGAUUGUUUGAAAAGCA